AAAACCACAUCACACUUCCACUUCUCCGAUCCCCAAAAAUGUCGAUCACCACCACCGUAGCCCGCCACCAUCCCCCACCGUCCCUUUCCGAUUCCGACUCAUCCGACUCCGACUCCACCACCCAAAAACCCCACCAUCACACAGACUUUUCAAACACAAUCUUCCAAUCCUACCUCCAAAUCUCCAAUCUUGAUCACCCAGACCUCACCAAAAUCCAAUCUUUCUUAACCUCCUCACGCGCCGGCGCCUUAUCCUGCCUCAUCUGCCUCGAACGCAUCCGCCCCACCGACCCCACCUGGUCCUGCUCCUCCCGCUGCUUCGCCGUCUUCCACCUCCUCUGCAUCCAAUCAUGGGCCCGUCAAUCUUCCGAUCUCUCCUCCCUACGCGCCUCCACGCGCGGCGCAGAUGCCCAAACCGCCACCUGGAACUGCCCCAAAUGCCGAAUCGAGUUCCCCAAAACCCUAAUCCCUAAAUCUUAUUAUUGCUUCUGUGGUAAAGUUGAAAACCCAGUUCAUGAUCCAUGGGUUUUGCCCCAUUCUUGUGGGGAAAUAUGUGAUAGACCUUUGAAGUAUGAUUGUGGGCAUAAAUGUUUGUUGUUGUGUCAUCCGGGUCCCUGCCCGGCUUGCCCGAAGUUAGUGAAAGCUCGGUGCUUUUGUGGCGGGGUUGUCGAUACGAAACGGUGCGGGUUUAAGGAGUUUUCGUGUCGGAAAACGUGUUCGAAGUUGUUGGAUUGUAAUGUGCAUUGUUGUGGUGAGAUAUGUCACGAGGGCGAGUGCCCGCCGUGUCGGGCUAGAGGGGUUUACGCGUGUCGGUGUAGGAAGGUGGAAUUGGAAAGAGAGUGUUGUGAGAGGGAGUUUAGGUGUGAGGUUCCUUGUGAGAAAAUGCUUGGGUGUGGGAAACAUGUGUGUGAUAAAGGGUGUCAUGAAGGGGAAUGCGGUGAUUGCCCGUUGCAGGGGCGACGAACAUGCCCGUGUGGAAAACGGGUUUACGAAGGAAUGGCUUGUGAUGUUGUGGUGCCGUCUUGCGGUGGGACGUGUGAUAAGAAGUUGCAGUGUGGGAUUCAUCGGUGUCCGGAGAGGUGUCAUCGUGGGUCGUGUGUUGAGACGUGUAGAAUCGUUAUUACAAAGUCUUGUAAAUGUGGGAGCUUGAAGAAACAGGUUCCUUGUUAUCAAGAUGUAGUAUGUGAAAGGAAAUGCCAACGAGUGCGGGAUUGUGGACGCCAUGCUUGCAAGCGGAAAUGUUGUGAUGGUGAUUGUCCACCUUGUUCGGAGAUAUGUGACAAGAAGCUAAGAUGCAAGAAUCACAAAUGCCCAUCUCCUUGCCAUAGAGGUGCGUGUGCUCCAUGUCCGGUAAUGGUGACGAUUUCAUGUUUCUGCGGUGAGACGCAUUUUGAGGUUCCUUGUGGUACCGAAAAGGAGCAAAAACCUCCGAAAUGUUCCAAACGCUGCCAUAUAGCUCCAUUAUGUAGGCAUAAGUCAAUUACUAAGCCACAUAAGUGCCAUUAUGGAGCCUGCCCACCAUGUCGUCUUGUGUGUGAUGAAGAAUACCCGUGCGGACAUAAAUGCAAACUAAGGUGUCACGGUCCUAUACCUCCUCCUAAUCCCGAAUUCACAUUAAAACCGAAGAAAAAGAAACAAAAUUAUCAUAACGAUAGUACUCCUGGCUCUGCAUGCCCGCCUUGCCCAGAACUUGUUUGGAGGCCGUGUGUCGGUGAACAUAUCGGAGCCGAGAGGAUGAUGGUCUGCUCAAAUAAAGCAAGGUUUUCUUGUGAUAAUUAUUGCGGAAACCUUCUGCCAUGUGGCAAUCAUUUUUGCACUAAAACCUGCCACGACCUCAAGAUUCGAUGUGAAGAGUGCAAUCUACCUUGCCAACGAGAGAGAAAACCUUCGUGUCCACAUUCAUGUCCUCUGCGAUGCCAUCCCGAAGACUGUCCCCCAUGCAAGGUGCUAAUAAAACGUUCAUGUCAUUGUGGCGCUAUGGUGCAUGUUUUUGAGUGCUUAUAUUACAACAGUUUGUCUGAAAAGGAGCAAGUAGCUGUCCGCUCAUGUGGCGGACCUUGCCACAGAAAGCUUCCCAACUGCACGCAUCUAUGUCCAGAAACAUGUCAUGUUGGCCAAUGUCCGUCACCAGAGAAAUGCUCCAAAAAGGUUGUUGUAAGAUGUAAGUGUCAAACUGUGAAAAAGGAUUGGCCGUGCCAUCAAGUACAAGCUGCUUAUCACAAUAGUGGUCGUGAUCCAAAAGAUAUAACUAAAAAUCAAUUUGGUAUCGGACUUCUUUCGUGCAUCUCCGAUUGUAAGAGUAAAGUCAAAGCUGAUGAAUCAGAUUUGCACCUUCGGAAAUCUGUAGUUCCUGAGAAAAAGGAGCCAGAUGUGGAAAAUCAUGUACGGAAGCGUAAAAGAAGGAAAGACAAAGUACAACACGACUACCAAGUUUCAACGUUUCAGAAAAUUAUGGGAAUAUUGAGGAAGUUAUUACUGUUAGUGAUCAUUUUGGUGAGUUUGAUUGCAAUGGCAUAUUUUGGUUACAAGGGUUUAUUAUGGUUAAAUGACUGGAUGAAUGAAAUGGAAAUACAAAGACAGAAGAAGAGGUAUCCAAGAAUCUAAGCCUGGAAUCUUUGUUGGGUGGAGGGUUUUUUUUUUUUUUUUUUUUUUUUUUUUUUUUUUUUUUUUUUUUUUUUUGAUAGGUUUUGUUGAGUGGAGGUUAGUAGUUAGUUGACAAGUUACAAAAGCAAGUGGCCAACUUUUUGAAAAAAAAAAAAAAAAAAAAAAAAAAAAAA